GUCACUCAAGUAUCUUAGAGUUACACUGACAGCCGACAAUAAGACUAGCCAAGAAAUUUCUAGCAGAAUUAUGAUGGGCAAUCGAGCCUAUUUUGCAAAUCAAAGGAUUUUUAAGAGUAGAAUAGUAUCAAGAGCAACUAAAGUGAAAAUGUACAAGACGUUAGUCCGACCGGUUGUGACAUAUGGAGCAGAGACAUGGACAUUGCUGAGUGAAAGAGCACUGAAGUCAUUCGAGAGAAAGAUGUAUCGAAGGAUCUGGGGACCACUAUGUGAUGGAGGGGUUUGGAGAACCAGACAUAACAGCCAAAUCGAUGAGGCUAUAGGGGAAGGAAAUAUUGUACGAUUUAUUAAGGCAAGAAGGAUGGAAUGGCUUGGACAUGUGGUGAGAAUGAAUAUGGAAAGGACACAACUUAGACUGAAUGAUGGGGACGAGAAAGAGAGGAAGACCGAGAACGAGAUGGAUAAAUGAUGUGAUAGGUGAUCUGCGUGUGCUGGGCGUAUCCAACAACUGGCGGCAUAGAUCACAGAGAAGAGACGAUUGGAGGCAUUGUGUUGAGGAGGCCAAGGUCCACCCAGGACUGUAGAGCCAACUAAAGU